UGCGUUACGGUAAACAAAAUUUUACGUAGACGUUGACGUUAACGAAGAAGAAAAAAACGUGCUCUUCUCGUGUGUGAAUUACAAAUGAAACUGCAUAUAUAUUCAAGGAGGCGCGUGAACGUUUCAUUAGAAGAAUAACAUGUUGCUGAUAAAGGAAUUGGUGCUUACAUGCACCUUAUUGGCUGCUGUCCACAUAAAAAUAAGCAAUGCACGCGUUGAACCAUUGGAAUACCUACCACGUGACUUGCAGGGUUAUUUUGACACAUGUAGAAGUUCCGGUGAUUUGACUAGAAAUUCAGCUCGCCUGGUGUUCUGGCUGUCGGUAAACCAGUUUUGUUCUAACUUUGUUAAGAGUAGACCAGAUUUAAGUCCACGACAGAGUACGUAUUUGGAAAAUAGCCUACGAGAAGCUAUUGCACCGCUCUAUGAAAUAGACUCUGGAAAUGUAGGUCACAGGAAGAAGAGGCAGACGGGUCCCCGCACUAGGAUGGAAGUUCGAACAAUGAACAGAAACCAGCGUAGAAGAUAUUUUGCAGCUUUAAAUGCCAUGAAACGUAAUCCGCUUUUGCCACCAAACGUUUUUGAUUUUCUGGCAAAUUACCACACAGGGCCUAAUCUUAGACGUGCACAUUUUGGACCAGCAUUUUUAUCUUGGCAUAGGCUUUAUUUGUGGAUUUUCGAAUUUUUCCUUCGACGUGAAGACAGUCAAGCUACUAUUCCAUACUGGGCAUCGGAAAUCGAUAACGAAAUGACUGACAAUUCGGAGUCCACCAUAUGGCAUCCCACCCUUUUUGGCAAUGGAGAUGGUUUUCCACGAAAUGGACCAUUUGUGACAUGGAGAGGUUUGAAUGCGACUUCUGCUUUUAAUAGAGACGUUACUCACGGACCUUUAUUCAAUUAUGAAGAAAUUGCCAGGUUUUUGACUCUUGAAAGAACCGCAAAUAUAACAGUCCCUCUAGCCGAUCCCGAAAAUAACUUAGAAUUUGCUCAUGGACGGACUCAUACUCAAACGGGUGGAUUUAUGGGCGGUUUAGAUACUGCUGCCUUUGAUCCCGUGUUUUACAGCCACCAUGCUUACGUCGAUAAGAUUUACAACGAUUUUCAGAUACGUCAAAUACAAAGAGGUAUCAAUCCUCAAUUAGACUAUCCUUUCGACAGCAAUGAUCAAAGAUUUAGACCUGAACAUAAUCCCGAUUUCAAUGCAGGUUUUGCAGGUUUGGGAGGUGCUAGGACUUGGACACAGCGUCUUGGAUUUUCAAACGUCUUCCGUAGAUUAGUAAGGUAUGCCCCAAGACCAAGCUGUGAAAACAGAUGUGGGAACUCACCUUAUUUGUACUGCAAUCAAGCCAGUAGGCUUUGCGUCAGUUUCACUAGAGCUCAGUUUGACGCAAGAACUCGAGAUAACCCUGCCGGGCGAAGGAAACGAGCUCCUGUCAUAAACACAUCGCCCGCUGCGUCAUAUAUACCAGAGGAUAUUUGUCCAAAGCGGCCAUUUAUUUAUGAUGUAGACAAUAGAAUAAUGGGCUUAACUACACCUCUACCCAAUGUAAACUCAAAUGAUUGGGCUUACGUAGCAUUUAAUGUCAUUUCAAAAAGAUCACAGGACUAUCGUGAAUUCAACAAAUACUCAUUGCACAAUCAAGGCUCAAUUUCCCAUCUUGGAAAUAAAGGCGAGUUUUUAACUCCGGGCACCCAGUAUAAGUACAAAAAUUGUGAUAAAUAUCAAGAUGCUGUUGGGAAAAUAACCGUUGUUGCUCAUGGUCUAAACUAUGAUGGACGCUCGAAGGAGGUUGUUUUUGUUGAUAAUAGAUUAGGCGUUUCCGAAGCAAAAGGAUUCAUUCCAGUGAAAAGGCCUACAGCUGCCAAACCAUCGGAAGUAAUAAUCUCUGCUUUUGAUUCAUGUGGUAGAGUUUGUAAACCAUUUUGUAAAACAGGUGGUACAAGUGGCGCAAUGGGUAACUAUUUUCAUGGAGGAAUCAGAGUAUCUAGUGUCGCUCCAAAGCAAUAUGCAUAUUCAUAUGCCGAUGCUCAGCUUGAUAUUUGGGACGUUCCUACACAAUCCUCUUGUCCGAAAGUCAACUAUGACCAUAUCCCUAUAUCGUUCUUUUGUGAAUACACCGACUCCUGGAUUUGGGGUGGUUCACCUACAAUGCCCGGAGUAGGAAGUGGUAUGAUAGGCCAAGGGUCACAUAUAGGAGUUGAACGUGGCACUCACAUGGGAAAUCGGCAAGGAUCUAAAACUGGCGCAUGGCGAGAUCAUCAAAUUGGCCUUGGACAGGUCUCCCAAAUAGGCACUCACCAGGGCUCUUUGACAGAUCCAUGGCAAGGUUCUAUUGUUGGUUCAGAUCCUCAUACACCAAUGUGGCAAGGAACACACAUAAAUCCUGAUCUAGGGAGGGACGCCAUGCGAUCGUCAAGAAGGGGCGGAAGACGUGGAGGUAGAAGACGAACCGGAAAUUCUGGUCGGCGCAUGCCAAGACCGUCAUCUCAUGAAGACAUGUCGCCCCGUGGCGUUCCAUCAUCCGGGCGUUAUACGGGAAGAACUGCAUGAGGAGGAAAAGCGAAGGUCAUUCGGACAACCCCGUCUAGGAUAUUAUUGUCAUUGGUGCCUAAAACAUUUUAUGUUUAAAACAGGGAUGUUUUAAAUAAUUAAGUGAAUUUGUUAUUAAUUUUAUUGUUAUUGCUUUAUUACGGCAAAUAGGAUAUUUUUAUGAAUAUACACGUAAUUGUAGAUGAUCUAGUACAUUAUUAAUAAAACAUGUAGUUUCAUAAAUAUUCUGUAACUUCAUGUUAAAAUAUCUCAUGUUUGCACUUUUAUCGUCACAUUAUACAAACGUUGUUAAAUUAUAAAUUUUUGUUUAUUUUUCGUUUAUUUUUUUUCAUAUAAAGAUUCAAAAUCUCUAUGAAUAAAUUUAAUACACAAAAAUGAAUCAGUAAAUUUCUGUGGUACAGUUGCAACCCUUUUUUGACUUAAACAUGUUUUCAUUUCCGCUUUGAAUGUAUAAAGUGAAGGUUCUGAAAAUUGAAAAUAAUAACAUUCUACAUUUGUUGUAAACAGUAAAUAUUGUAAUAUGUUAUUUUAAUGGCAUGUUUCUUUCUUUUUUUUUUCUUUUUUUUUAAAUGUUUGUUGUCCAAUGCUCAAUAUGUGAGUGACCUAAAACUGUGGUUCUUGACCUUAUAUGUCUCAUUUAUUGUGUUUUCCUACGAAAUUUAUGUGCUCUUGAAUUGAUAUUGUCUCCAAUAUUUUGAGGUUGCACCUAAGGGCUUCCUCUAUAAGUUAAGCUGGAAGAAGACCAGGUCGGUGUGACUUGAAACAAAUUAAUUAUACGGAGCUAGUUAUCGCAAAGUUCCCAAAUAUUUUUGACAUGAAUGACAGAUGAUUGAUCUUGUAUUCGUAUUUGUUUUUUUAUUUUUAUUUUUGUUAUUUGAUAGAUCUACAAAAUAUGGUAUACAUUACAAAAGACAAACGCAAACUUUCCAAAAUCAUAUUAAAACAUUAGUGCAUGUAUUUUUGUUCAUUUAUCAUUUUCAAUUUCGAACACAAUUAAAAGGUGAAUGCCCUAUGAGUUAAUAGGUCUUUUUCAACAUUAAAACAGUUACAUUUGACAAAAAAAGUAUUUUCGCCCUAAAAGAUUGAUCUCUAUAAACAAUGUAAUUAUGUAAAUUUAUGUUCUAUUAGACCGAUCUCUUUUGCUAGAAAUACAACAUAUGUUUCACUUUAGCUCGACACGGCAUGAAAUAAACUUUGCAAUUUUCUCAUGAAA